UGCCUGCUUCAUUGUUUCGAAUACCCCUAUCAUCCAUCGAUGAAGGCCUCGAUGGCGGAUCACCAUCUCGACCUCCGCGAGCCGGGAUUUGAAGACGUCCCGGGAUUUGAGCCAUAAUCCCGACGAUCCAAACUCCGGGUUAUCAAAGUCGCCUCUUUUCCGGAUUAUCCCGGGUGCAUACGGCGAAAUCGACGAUCUCGAACGAUAGUAAGGCCAUCCAGUAGCAACGACGCCCUGUUGUGACGUGAGUCACGAUGGGUCGUGUAGAGGGAGGUCCUUGAAAGCCAUAACUGUUGGCACAGUGGCACCUUAGUCGCCAAUCCCGGGACCUGCCAAAGUUGUCAAGCUGUACGUGAUCGAAAAUGGUAUCCACUCGUCCUAUUGUCAAGGUUGCGGCUGUCCAGGCCGCACCUGUUUCCUUUGAUCUGGAGAAGAGUCUGCAGAAGCUGAGUAAGCUUACAGAGGAAGCUGCCCAAGCCGGUGCAGACUUGGUUGUAUUCCCUGAAGGGUUCUUGUCUGCUUAUCCAUGGAGAUACGCGUUUGACGCAACGAUUGGUGCUCGAGAGCCGCGAGGACGCGAGUGGUAUGCCAAGUACGUUGAUUCGGCCGUCGAGGUUCCCUCUCCCGCCUUCGAUAGGCUUUGCGAAACAGCCAAGGCAAACAGCGUCCUCCUUCAUGUGGGAAUUAUCGAAAAGGCGGGCGGUACGCUGUACUGCACUGCUCUGCUUCUCGACCGGGAGGGCAAGCUGGUGUAUAAGCAUCGCAAGCUCAUUCCAACGGCCGCCGAGAGACUUGUUUGGGGUCGAGGCGCCGGAGAUGGCCUCUUAGUCAAGCCAACGGAUGUUGGCAGAGUCGGAAGCUUGAUCUGCUGGGAGAAUUAUAUGCCGGCGGCUCGCAUGGCGAUGUACCAGCAAGGCAUCGAGAUUUACGUGGCGCCCCACGCCGAUGAUUUGGCCACCUGGACAGCAUCGAUGCAGCAUAUUGCAAAGGAAGGACGAUGCUUUGUAGUGUCUGUCAACUCGUUCUGCAAGGUAUCGGACUUCCCGCCUGACUACCCGCCUUUCACGGCCGAACACCCCGAUCGGAGGCCGGACGGAGCACAAUGGGAGGCGGAUGAUAUUCUCAACCACGGUGGCUCAUGCAUCGUCGGGCCGCUGGGCACAUUUCUUGCCGAGCCGGUGUGGGACAAGGAAGAGAUUGUCUAUGCCAGCCUCCGAAUGGCAGACAUCACGGAGUCCAAGCUGGACUUUGACCCCAUCGGCAGCUACUCCCGGCCCGACAUCUUUUCGUUGACAGUCAACACCAAGCCAGCCGACAACGUCGUAUUUACCAGCUGAUAUCCCAUGCGUAUUGAGCAUGUUUGCGGGCAACGGCGGCGUGGGGGUGUGGACGGCAGGCGGGGUGCGGUGCGGAGUGACCAGGAUGUUGUGCGCUCGCGAUUUAUGGGACCUGACUCGGAGCUUGGGUGUUGGAGGUUGCUCGGCUGCAGGGUCAGGAAUGCCAGCCAGGCUUGAGGCGAGACGGCGAUGUUGGUUGGUCGCACCAAAGUUCGAGAAGCUUUUCUAGAUGUCCAAGCGAGCAUGUUGGUCCGACGAUAUUUGACACAGAGGCGUGCCACCUGUUCUUGUGUGGCCAAAAUGGCCUCGGCUCAUUAUGUCGUACACAGUCGACAGUAGAGCCUUGCUGGGUAGAAGCGGCUUGUCAGCGUUGAUAGGCUGAAGCUUUCAUCUUGGAUGCAUCGGAUACUUGGAGAUAAGAUGGCAUCCUGAUUGGAAUACACUGCCUCCUGACGAGUGGACGACUCAGAAGGAAUACGUGAGAAGUCUAAUCCGAAGCUUA